AUGAGUCGCAUCUCCCUCACGUACUCCAUGAUUAUCGCGUUCUCCAAGUUCAUCGCGUUCAUUCGGCAGACGUCCCCCUUCGUGCUCGCUUGCGCGUCUAACCCGCAGGGGUGCUCGACCUCGAAAAUGGAGGAGCUCGCAAGUACGGCGCAGGGGCUUCAGUUCACCUUGCGUAGUGUUGGUGCGCUAGGUCCGUACUCAUACAACGCCAUCGCGGACUGGAUGGGGCGCAUGACAACCCUCCGCGUCCUCCCGCUCGCUGGCUUCGCGCUGCAAACCUCGACAAGUCAGUGGGGUUCGCAGAUCACGGAGUUUACGACGGUCCUUGCAUCAGCGCUUGUGGAACGCUUCUCGAGACUCGCGUGUGUCGCCAUCGGCGUCGUGCUGUACAUGGACGCGAGCCUGACGUGGUAUCGAGUCUGUGAGCACCCGAAGGGUGAGGUCCCUCUACUCGAUGUGCUGUCCGACGCCGAGGGCGAGGCGGAGACCGCCCUGAUGCAAGCUUUGGGUCGCGCGGCCGGAGCUCCGGUGUUUGGGGCGAUAAAGCUGCAGGACCUAUAUGAGUUUCAUUUAUGCUGUGAAGCUGGUGAACGCGGACUGCAUUGUAUGAAAUUGUUCCUUUUAUCAAAUCGUAUAUUAUGGUAUUGCUCCGUCUAG